AUGGUUAUGGCCAUGCUUGGAUUCUACUUCGAAAUAUCACGUCACGACAGAGACGAACAUAUACGAGUACAUAACAGACAUAUUCGUGCAGAUAAACUGCAUCAUUUUGAAAAGAUCCGUUCUGACGCUACGCUACCUUUGCCAUACGACUAUGAAAGUGCAACACACCCAGCUUGGCAGUUCUGGAGGAGGCUUGGCAAGAGAGGAAUAUCUUCUGUCGCUACUUUUAAAGAUAAGGAUCCAGACGGAAGCAUAAUGAAAUCGUUAGGCCAACACGAGCAUCUACUAUCAAAAUACGAUAUAAUAAAAAUUAAUAGUGUUUAUGGUAUAGACUGUUUUGUAAACCAACGACGAAUGAAGAUAAAAGCGUAA